AUGCGUCGUUUGUUUAUAAAUAACCGUCGUGAUGAAUUGCAAAAACAAGUGGCUGAAGGCAGUCUGAGUAUAACUGGCAGUAAUGAUGUGUUGACCUUGGCUUUGGGUCCCGAGCAUCCAGGGAGAGUAAGAGGGGUAGGUGCUGGGAUUUCCCCUAGGCAAUUCUUCAAUUUACCUAGACCACAAAGGGUAAAGUUUGCUGAUCAAUUGAAGGAAAGUGUAAGAAUUGUCCUUCAAGAAGAGACUAAGAAGAUGGAAGCUAGAACCAAACAAUUAGUAGAGGCUGAGAGGGAACAUUUACUAAGUCAGCUUUCCCACCUCAUCCCCAAUUUUGAUCCAAGCAUGCUUAAACCGAAAACUAGCCCCUGUCAAAACCAAGGUCUACAGCAAAGUCCCAAGAAUCCAAUGUCUGAUAAAGCAAGCUGUUCUGGGGCUGAAAAAUCUGGGGCUUUAGAUAAUCAAGAUGAAGAGAAGAAAGAAGAAAAUAAAGAUGAACAGAAGAUGGGAGAAAAAAAAGAUGAAGGGAAGAAGGAAGAAAAAAAAGAGAAUAAAGAUGAAGGCAAAGAGGAAGACACAAAUGUUGAAGAGAAGAAAGAAGAAAAACAAGAUGAAGAAAAGCAUGACGAGGAGGGUAAUGAAGUAGUUGAUUAUUCAAAUGUGGAGGUGCCAUCUUCCUUACAAUCCCUUUGUGGUUAUGUGGAAACUACACUAAAGCCACAGGGGAAGAUCAUGACCUUCAACAUUGAGAAGGAGGUGUUUGGUGCAGAUCGAAGUACCUUCGUCUUGCAUGAAGAUAUUACACAGUUUGCAGGCAUGGAAGAAAUUGGGGCUACUGUGGUUGCAGUAUAUAUGAGGUGCUUAUAUGAUCUUUUGAGAGAAGCAAAUAUGUGCAGCAUGGUUGGCUUUAUCGACCCUGCUCAAGUUAGUGCCAACGCUGGGUCACUAACUGACAGAUCACGAAUUGUAGCCAGUCGACUUCAGAAAACAGAUGGUGAACAGAUUUUCAUGAUGCCUUACAAUCCAGGCCGUCAUUGGGUCUUGCUGAUUGUGAGGGCAAAGAGGGAAACCGUCUAUUUUCUGGAUCCUCUGCCUGGAAAUCGUGUGGUUGAUGAGGAGGGCAAAAACAUCGUGAACAGUGCUUUAAAAAUUUAUAAUUCCCACAUAGGCAGACCAGGCCGUAAAGCACCAAUUUGGAAAACUCUGCCAGGCACACCAAAGCAACCCAGCAGUGUCGAAUGCGGGUAUUAUGUGAUGCGCUUCAUGAGGGACAUCAUCAUGGAUCCUUCCUUGGAGUUUGAGAAGAAGUUUGCCAAGGGAAAAGAUCAAGCGCCAUACCCCCAAGCAGCCAUUGAUGAAGUCAGGAAAGAAUGGGCAGAGUUUGUUUGCCUUCAUAUGGAUUAG